AUGGCUCCCUCUCAUCCUUUAUCUAUCCUUUCCAUCGAGGAGACCAAUCUCGCUAGAGAGAUUGUGCUUGCUCACCAUGACAAGGAGGUCAUUGAUUUCCGAGAGAUCUUUCUUCAGGAACCUACCAAGGCGGAGUUGGUCAAGUAUUUGCAACUUGAGCAUUCUGGUCGCUUGUCUCCUACUUCUCCUCGUCCGGCUCGUCUUGCCAAGUGCCAGUACGAUGUCAUUGGCCAGGACAGAAUUCCUUCUUACCAUGAGUCUGUGGUGGAUAUUGGAUCAAGGCAGAGAAUCAAGCAUGAGGUUAUUGGCAAGGAACAUCAAGCCGCAUUGACUCUCGUCUGCAAGGCUGACCCAAAGUUCAAGCAAGCCAUUGCCGAAUUGAAUAUCCCUGACUACUAUGAGAUUGUCGUCGAGCCCUGGCCCUACGGCGGUCUCGACGAGGAAGACGAGAGUCGUCGCUACUUCCAAGGACUCAUCUUUGCCCAAGACACACGCAACGGCAAUGCCGACUCCAACUUUUACGCUUUCCCUCUACCCCUAAUCCCCGUCCUGGACAUUCACAAAAAGCAAAUCUGCCGUAUAGACAAACUGGCCACUGGCGGGGAAAACGACAGCUUUACCGCAAAAACCCAUGCCGAAAAGAUUCUGGAGCAUUGCACUACUGCUGAAUAUGUGCCGGAGCUCUUACCCCAAGGAUUGCGUCAGGAUCUCAAGACUUUGAAUGUUUUGCAGCCUGAUGGGCCUUCGUUCAAGGUUACUGACGAGUCUUUGGUUGAGUGGCAGAAAUGGCGUUUCCGCGUUUCGUUUAAUCCUCGCGAAGGCGCUGUUAUUCAUGAUGUGCAUUAUGAUGGCAGAAGUGUCGCUUAUCGUCUUUCCGUCAGCGAAAUGACUGUUCCCUACGCUGAUGCCCGGCCACCCUUUCAACGCAAACAAGCCUUUGACUUUGGCGACGGCGGAGCUGGAAACUGCGCUAAUAAUCUUUCGCUGGGCUGUGAUUGUCUCGGUGUCAUCAAAUACUUUGACGCCGUGAUUGUCGACGACGACGGCAAGGGAAAAGUUCACCCUAAUGUUAUUUGUCUGCACGAGCAAGACGAAGGCAUUGGUUGGAAACACACCAAUUGGCGUACUGGCCGUGCAGUGGUUACGCGCAGCAGAGUGCUGGUCGUCCAAUUCAUCAUCACCCUCGCCAACUACGAAUAUGUCUUUGCCUAUAAGUUUGACCAGUCCGGAGGCAUAGACAUAGAGACGAGAGCUACAGGAAUCGUCUCUUGCGUCAACAUCGACGCCGGAAAGACCAGCAACUAUGGUAAUGUGGUUAACCCUGGCGUCCUGGCGCAGAACCAUCAGCAUAUCUUUGCUUUCCGCAUUGAUCCCGCCAUCGAUGGCCACAGCAACACAGUCAUCACUGAAGAAUCGCAUGCGGUGCCAAUGAACGCCAAAACAAAUCCUCGCGGCAACUACUACGAAGUCCGCAAAACACCCAUCGAAAAGGCAUGCUGGGCAGAUGCCGAACCACGUCUCAACCGCGUCUUCAAAAUCGUAAACGAGAACAUCAAAAACCCCAUCAGUGGAAACUCGGUAGGCUACAAGCUUGUGCCUCCAGCUACACAGCUUUUACUCGCCGACCCGGCUUCCGUGCAAGCCCAACGCGCGCAAUUUGCUCAACACCACGUCUGGGUAACCGCAUACAAAGACGACGAGCUCUUCGCCGGCGGCCGCUUCACCAUGCAAAGCCGCAAAGAAGUCGAUGGAGUAGCAGAUGCAGUGGCCCGUGGCGAUGCAACCAGGGACACUGAUGUCGUGAUCUGGAGUGUGUUUGGGCUUACCCACAACCCUCGCGUUGAAGAUUGGCCGGUUAUGCCCUGCGAAAUCCAUCAGGUGCAUUUGCGACCUACGGAUUUCUUUACCAGUAAUCCUAGUAUUGAUGUGCCGCCGAGCAGCAACAAGGCUUCGGUGGAGGUGCCAAAGAGC